CUAUAAAUGUGUGCACUGAACUCCAUCAUUACCAUGGUCACGCACACAAGCCACCAUUAAUAUUUAACAAGGAAGUGAAACUGUAUAAAACCCCUAACGUCUGGAGUUGAUAUCAUCAUCUCAGGGAAAAGGUACUGUAUGGAUGUGAUGCUCCAGUGCGCAGUUACAGUUUUACCAAAUUAAUUUCUGUAUGUGGAGAUGAUGGUGCAGUAAAACUUUCUGAUUUCCUUCCUCAGUAAUGUUCAGUCAAGAUGGGUGAAACUGAAGAAGCUGUUGCUGUGGUGGGAAUCGGAUGCAGCUUUCCAGGCGGAGAAGGCCUCGACAACUUCUGGAAGGUUCUAGUAAACGGCACAAACUGCUCCGUGUCUAUUCCUAAGGAGAGGUUUGACACAACCCAGUGGUUCGACUCUGAUGAAACCAAGGCGGGUAAAUCCCGCACAGCCAAAGCUGCUCUCAUCGAUGGGUUCAAUGAGUUUGAUCACAAGUUCUUCGGCAUCAGUGACAGUGAAGUGGAGCAAAUGGAUCCUCAGCAGAAGCUGGUUCUGCAUUGUGUCUACAGAGCUUUAGAGGACGCUGGCUUUCCCAUGGAGAAGGUCAGCGGGAGCAGCACUGGCGUAUAUUUAGGUUUAAUGAAUAGAGAUUAUGAAACGAAUGCUGCCAACGUACAUCCGAGUGUGAUCAACCACUGGACCGGCACCGGGCUCGCCAUGAGCAUCGCCGCCAACAGGAUCUCGUACAUCUUCAACUUCACCGGACCCUCGAUGACGAUCGACUGCGCCUGCUCGUCCUCCCUCGUGGCUCUUCAUCUCGCCUGUCAAGCCAUCAGACAGGGUGAUUGUGAAAUGGCUGUCUGCGGAGGCGUCAGUUGUAUCAUAGAGCCGAGAGUGUUUGUAGCUCUCAGCAAGGCCAAGAUGAUCUCACCUGAGGGAACCAGCAAACCGUUCUCCAGCCGAGCAGAUGGUUAUGGCCGAGGAGAGGGCUGCGGAGUUGUUCUCCUGAAGCCUCUGAAAAAGGCUUUACAAGACCGUGAUCAAAUCUGGGGGAUUAUCAGCAAAACUGCUGUCAACCAGGAUGGACGCUCAGUGUCUCCCAUCACCAAACCCUCCAUGGUUCAACAGGAGGAGCUCCUGCGACGAAUCUACUCCCAAUCUGACAUCGCCAAUGUGCAGUACGUGGAGGCCCACGGGACGGGGACUCCUGCUGGAGACCCAACGGAGGCGGGAAGCAUCGCUAACGUCAUCGCUAAAGCCAGACCUCCUGGUUCAGAAACGCUGAGGAUCGGCUCCGUGAAGAGCAACAUCGGACACACUGAAUCUGCAGCUGGAGUAGCUGGGCUCAUCAAGGUUCUCCUCAUGAUGAAGCACGAAACCAUUGUUCCCUCUGUGUUCUACUCCGAGGACUCUGCCAACAUAAAUUCCAAAGCCCUGAACAUUAUAAUUCCUCAAAGAGCAGAGAAGUGGGAAAAUACCAGUACGAGAAUGGCAGGAGUAAACAACUUCGGCUUUGGAGGAACAAAUGCACACGCUAUUGUCAAGCAGCACAAGCAGUCGGUCAUUAGACAAAAGAUGGACGAGAAGCAGCCAAAGUACUUUGUUGUGUCUGCAAAUUCAAAGAAAUCUCUGUCCCUGAUAAUGGAAGACACCAUCGAGCGGCUGGAGGCCGAGAGCAGAAUCGAUUUAGACUGUCUGUUGUACACAGCUGCUUGCAGGAGGAGCCACCUGAGACAUAAAUACAGGAGGGCUAUUACAGUCUCAUCUGUAGCUGACCUUAAAGAGAAGCUACGUGCGGCUGUUGGCAGAAACAGUCCGUCGUGCAUCCUACAGACAAGGCUAGUGUUUGUGUUCUGCGGUAACGGGGUUGCCUACCACGGCAUGAGCAAACAGCUACUACAGCACGAACCGGUGUUCCGAGAUAAGAUCAGGGAGGUUACGCAGCUUUUCCAGAGGCUGAGUGCACUAAACAUUCUGGACACACUAGAGAGGGAGUCCGAGAGCGGCGACUUCAGGAACCCGGACACCGUCCAGCCGCUGCUCUUUGCCGUCCAGGUCGGCGUCACCGCGCUGCUCAGGCACUGGGGCGCCAGGCCCCAUGCCAUGCUGGGACACUCUGUAGGGGAGGUUGCAGCUGCUCACUGCUCUGGCCUUUUGUCUCUGGAGGAUGCGGUGAAAGUCAUCUAUUACCGCAGUAAACUCCAGACUGAGGUCACGGGAGGGAUGAUGCUUGUCAUCAGCAACAUGGCCGUGUCAGAGGUGAUCCCUCUCCUCCCUCGUUAUGCUGGUAGAAUCUGCCUCGCUGCGUUCAACAGCCCACAGUCGUGCACUCUGUCAGGCGAUGCAGAUGCCAUUAAGAGCUUCCACAAGGAGCUAAGUUCAUCAGUCAACAGUCAAAAUCUCUUCCUCCGUGAGCUCGAUGUGCCUGCUGCCUACCACAGCCACAUGAUGGAGCCAAUUCUGCCAAAAAUCAAGAAAACUAUUGGCUCCUUACAGGUGAAUGACCUCGAAACAGAGCUGUUCUCCACUGUGACAGGGAAGGAAAUGCAGCAGGGAGACUUCAGCACAGGUGAAUACUGGGCCAGAAACAUUCGAGAGCCAGUUGCGUUUGAGCAGGCGGUGACCUCGGCUGCUAAAGGACAGCAUACGGUGUUUGUAGAGAUAGGACCGAGAAGGGCUUUGCAGAGAAACAUCACAGAGUGUCUGGGCAACGACGCUGACGUCCUUGUGUCGCUGCAGCCACAGAAAGAUCACGAAACCAUUCUGUCGGUCAUUGCUAAGAUGUUCGAACUCGGUGCUCCGGUAGAUUGGAGCUACCUCUACCGAGGAUAUGAGCCAAUGCCGCUGCCUUUUCCAAAAUACCAGUUCGACUGCUCAAACAAGGAUAUAAUCAUCGGAGCAGCACAGAAAAACACUGCAAGCAACCAUCCUGUGCUCUCUCAGACCGGGAGCGAAAGUGGCAUGUUCACGUGUGAUCUGAAGUCUGAACCCUCCAACUAUUUGAAGGAGCACAGGCACAAUAGCAUACCCAUCAUCCCUGGUGCCUUCUAUGCUGAAAUGGGUCUAGCUGCAGCCCUGGCCAGUGCCAAACCCAAAGCACCACUCAACUCAUUAGAGCUCGGCGUCAGCUUCCACAGUCCAUUCGUUUUAACCGACAAUUCACCUGAAAUGAAGGUUAAACUGGAACAAUUCGAGGAUGAGGCCAGUUUCAAAGUGUUCUCCCCAUCUGCAGUGUACGCAUCCGGCACAGUUGUGUCCAAAAAGGACCGGUUCGCUGAGGAGCAGAGCAUCUCGUUGAGCUCCAUCUACAAAAGGUGCACAUCUGUAGUGAGCUGGCAGGAGUUGUAUCGGUAUCUGUCUCAGGGUGGGUUCCAGUACGGCGACAUCUUCCAAAACAAGGCAGACGUGCACUACGGGCAAGAACUGAGGGAGGCUUUUACAGUUGUCAGAGUCAAGGAGGAGCUACGUCAUCAGUUAUAUGACUACUGCCUUCACCCAGUGGUGCUGGAUUAUCUAAUGCAGCUUCUCCCAGUCACAGUGGAGCACAUUUUCUUUGGCCGGCCAGGUUUUCCUGCCAAGAUAGGAAGUUUGACUGUGUUGGAACCUCUGCAAGAUGAAAUGAUCCUCUAUCUGAGAGCCACUAAUGUGGGUACGGAUCAUUUUGAAGUUUGUGGCUGCUUUGCAGACAAAGAUGGCCGAGUCUUAGUCGAGGUUAAGGAAGUGGUCAUUAAGUAUCUGGGCAGCCGCUCUCAUGUGGUUGAGGAGUAUUUCUUCCACAACGCCCUCGAUGUGAUCACUGAACACGUCACACCUACUCCUCCUCCUAAAGCCUUGGUCUUCAGUGAUUGUCUGGGGAUUAGUAAUGGCCUGCAGCAGUAUUUGGACUCAAAAUCCAAGUAUAUUUCCUCCACAUAUGCAGAAAAUUUCUUGACCCAAGGGUUUUCUUCUCUCUUGGCAAAUCUUAAUAUCAGACAUAUUAAGAAGAGCUUUGAUGAGGUCUUGAUCAUGUGGGGCCAAGAAGACCUCACCUCACUGCCAGCUGAUGUCAUCCUGCAGAACCUGACGGGCUGCUGUGAGGUUUUCCGCCAGAUAGUCUUGGAGCUCAAGCGGAUUCGCUUCCCUGGCUCCAUCAGAGCAGUGACCUACUGUUCGUCUGAUGUCACCGCCAACCACGUCAGUCCAGGCUUUGCUCUUGUCGGCAUGAUGAGAUCAUUAGCUGCAGAAAUAGCUGAUCUCUCAUUUCAGCUGAUUGAUAUAAAUUCAGUCUCUGCCUCCAACAUUGCAGUUCUCUCUAAGGUCCUAAGAUCGUAUCCCUGCAAGAAGUACCCAGAGCUGGUAAUAAAAGAUGGACGCGUUUUAAAGCCCUUCAUUGUACAUACUCCACCAAAAGUCAGUGAUGGUUCAGAAAGUAGUCUCUCCUCCACAGGACCUGAAACCUGUGUCCUUCAGACAGCCGAUGCACAUACGAUCACUCGGCUCACUGCCCUCCAGGGCCAAGCAGAGGAGGAAGUAAUCAGUAACUCGUCUGUUGAAAUUCAGCCCAGCAAAAUAUGCGUCCACUCGUCCGAUUACUUCCCUGUCAGUGCUUCACAUCUGAAAUUUGGCCAGACGAUGUACUGGAACAAACACUCAUCUCAGAGUUAUAAGCUACUGGCUCUGGACUUCAGUGGUACAGUCAGUGCAAUCGGAAAACAUGUCAAGAAAUUUAAAGUAGGUGACCCCGUCGCUUGCUGCUACCCCGUGGUGGCAGGUACCAAGGUCCGUGUGCCAGAGAAAGUUUGCUACAGCACCAAGAGAUUCCCCUUCCUUCAGAAAGCGCCCUGUGUUUCCUACUUUGUGCUAGCAUGGGCAAUCCUGCAUCGCGCCCUGCCCAGAGCCAAACACCAUCUAGGAAUCGUAUCCCCUGUUCCCAACUCUGCUUUGAUGAAAGUCUUGGCACUGUUGUCGUACAAGUCAGGCUGGACCAUGACUGUUAGCGCGCAGUGCAAUGGUGCUUUCAAAGAUGUCAACCGGAUUGAUGCAUUUGUUCUCCUUCCUCCGUAUGAUGAGUCUUUGGUUGCUAAAAUUUGCAAUUUUCCAAGUGUCCAGCAUGUCGUUAUCAUCUGUGAAUUACAGAAGCAGGGUUUGCUCAGGGAGGCAGUGUUUCAAGGUGUCAGGGAGGGCGUCCACAUACAGACCAUUCACAUGCCAGACAUUUUGCAAAAAGGGUCUUUGUGCACACAAAGACCCCACAUCUACCAUUGGCUGAAGUCCUUGAACUUGGACAGGAAGUUUAAUCUUGAAAGCUGCACCUUUCAGAGUGUGGAAUCCCAGGGCAUACACAUUCUCCCCCGUGAAAAGCCAGACUCAUAUUUUAACUCAGAGAAGCUGGAUGUUGUAGCUCUGGAAAGAAAUGCCAUAAGUGCAGCGUCUGAGAUUCCACUGCUACCGAGUCAGAAGCAGCUUUUCCAAAGGAGAGCCGUGUACGUGGUGGCGGGUGGCCUCACUGGCUUGGGCUUCGAAACAGUCAAAUUCAUCUCACAAAGAGGCGGCGACCAUGUUGUGAUACUCUCCAGGAGCAAGCCCAGUGCCGAUGUGCAGCAAGACAUAUACAACGUGGAGCGGCAGUAUGGGAACCGCAUUGCCAGCAUCCAGUGUGACAUAUCUGUGUUUGAGCAGGUUCAGAAGGUCGUCAGUGUUAUCGGCCAGACAUUCCCUGGUUGUCCCAUCAGGGGAGUGUUCCACAGUGCUGUGGUUUUGCACGAUGGGCUGAUUGAGACCCUAAACCAAUCUCUGUAUGAGAAAGUUCUCAAACCCAAAGUCAACGGUGCAGUGAACCUGCACUAUGCAACACAGCACUGUCCGUUGGACUACUUUGUGUGUUACUCCUCCAUCUCAGCCUUCCUGGGAAAUGCAUCGCAAACAAACUACGGUGCAGCCAACACCUUCCUCGAUAUAUUCUGUCAGUACAGGCGCAACAUGGGGCUUCCCGGUCAGUCCAUCAGCUGGGGAGCCCUGAACCUCGGCCUUCUCCUUAACAAAGAGCAUUUCCACCGCUUUUUAGAGGCAAAGGGGAUGAUGCUGAUGAAUGUGGCCGAGAUCCAUCAAAGCCUGGAGCAGUGUCUUCUGCUCAACCGACCCCAACAGGCUAUUUGCAAGUUUCACUUUAGGAACAUCCAAAACAAUGUUCUUUCUCAAAAUGCAUCCUUAACUACUCGCCUGUUUGCAAUAGUGGAGGAGGCUUUACUAAAGACCAACAAUACAGAUGCACAAAGUAAGAAGGCUGAUUGUGUGCCACCCAAAGAGUACGUGGUCUCUCUGCUGAGCGAGACCAUUGGUUUGGACCAGAGCGAGUUAAGAGAUCAGUCACCGCUAUCAUCCUUAGGCAUCGACUCCAUGCAGGCCAUGACCCUGCAGAAUCUGAUCUUUCAGGAGCGAGGUGUGAAUGUGCCCUUAGUGAAGCUGCUGGAUCCUGGCGCCACCGUGUCCACGGUGGUAAGUUUACUGAGUGCAGGAGCUGAUGGCAAAAUCAGCAGCGAAAGCAUCAACGCUCCUCCAGCUGAAGAUGCAGAUGAUGUUUCAACCAGAUUGUAA